UACACUCAUUUUGAGGGUGGCCAAGACAGAAUUGAUUCUUCAACCGAUGUGAACAAAACUGUAGGUGUGUAUGUGUCUGCCUCUCUGUGUGUGCUCGUCUCAUGUGUGGAACUGGCAGCACAACCACAAAGGAGAAAGAUGACGAACCCGGAGAAUCUGACUUCCCAGAGCUUGCUUUCCACAAUCCACAACAAUGCUAGCAACCUCUUCUUGGGGCUUCAGGUAGUCCAGUUCUUCAAACCUCUGAUCAUUCCUUGUUAUUCCCUUGUGGUUUUCAUUGGCAUCAUUGGGAAUUACCUCCUCAUCUAUGUUAUCUGCAAGACUAAAAAGAUGCACAAUGUCACCAACUUUCUGGUGGGCAACCUGGCAUUCUCUGACAUGCUCAUGUGUGCUACCUGUGUUCCCUUGACCCUAGCCUAUGCCUUUGAGCCCAGAGGGUGGAUCUAUGGACAUUUCAUGUGCUACUUCGUAUUCCUUAUGCAACCAGUCACAGUGUUUGUCUCUGUCUUCACCCUGACUGUCAUUGCUGUGGACAGGUACCAUGCCAUGAUUUAUCCACUCCAAAGGAGGCUCACAAUACCAAUCUGUGCCUAUAUUCUGGCUGCUAUUUGGAUAUUAAGUUGCAUUCUAGCUGUGCCUGCCUUGGUCCACACUUACCAUGCAGAAUUCCCAGAGCUGGACUUCUCUAUCUGUGAAGAAUUUUGGUUCCAUCGGAAGAGGGAUCGCCUAGCUUAUGCCUAUAGCACUCUCAUCCUCACAUAUGUCCUGCCUUUAAUCAUAAUCUCUGUGUCUUACCUGAAGAUCUCUGUCAAGCUGAAAAACCGAGUUGUCCCUGGCAAUGUUACUCAGAACCAAGCUGAGUGUGACCGAGCCAGAAGACGGAAGACCUUUCGCCUGCUGGUUCUGGUGGUAGCAGCUUUUGGAGUUUGCUGGUUGCCUCUGCACAUCUUUAAUGUGAUUAAGGACAUAGAUAUCAAACUGAUAGACAAGCAGUAUUUUAACCUUAUUCAGCUCCUCUGCCAUUGGUUUGCCAUGAUGUCUGCUUGCACCAAUGCCUUCCUUUAUGCCUGGCUACAUGACAGCUUUAGAGGGGAACUGAAGAAAAUCUUUGCUUGCCGAAGGAAAAAGACAGGACCGGCCACCAAUUGUAUCAUGGCCAGUGUGGUGCUGUAAAUGGGGGCUUUCUCCUAGGGCUGUCUUGCCUCUCCCAUCAUGAAUGUUACAAGUCUUUGUACUAUGACUGACACGUGAGUUUUCUCAAUGGGUAGUGGGCUGCCAAGUUUAAUGUAACCCAAAUUAUGCACCAUACAACUGACUUUUUUUGAUUGGAAUAAUUUACAUGAUUGAAGGAAGUUUGCAGACAAUUUCUUGCUUUGCACACACUACCCUGAAAAUAUUGCUGCUGUAUAUGUAAAUAGUGAAUUCUUCAGGUUAGAAGGAAGGAAGGUAAAGGAAGGUAAAGGAAGGAAGCAGCUAUAUUUGACUUCUAGUAAAGAGCAGCAGCCACGUA